AGAAAUUCUAUACACACACAAAGGGAGUCAGAGAAAGAGCGUUAGAGUGAAAGAGUGACAGAGCGAAUAAGCGAAACAAGUAGGAAAGAAGAAUACACAAAAAAGAAAAAUUCAUACGUAUAAACCUAAAAUUGCUCUGUGACGAAUUGAAAACGAUUUCAAAUACAAGCGACUGAAAUACAAUCGUUUUACGUCAGCUUAAAGUGUUACACUGCCUGUUUCGGUAUAUAUAUAUAUCGUUGAAUUUCAGUUGUACCAUUCUAUUCUGUGAAAGAAGAAAGAAAAAAAUAGCGAUAGCGAGAAAAAAAUUUCAUUCCCGAAAAUCUAUUGCGCACAAUUUAUUUGGAUAUACAGAGUUGACGUGUCGUCGAAGCGGCUAACAGAAUGCGAGAGAUAAUUCAUUUGCAAGCCGGCCAAUGUGGCAAUCAAAUCGGUUCCAAGUUUUGGGAAGUAAUUUCUGUCGAGCAUGGGAUCGAUCCAAGAGGGCAUUAUCACGGCGAUAGCAACUUGCAAUUGGAACGAAUCAACGUUUACUACACAGAAGCAAAUGGCGGCAGAUACGUUCCACGAGCUAUCCUAAUCGACUUAGAACCGGGCACGAUGGACUCAGUUCGCAUGUCUCCGUAUGGUCAACUGUUUCGUCCAGACAAUUUCAUCUUCGGACAAUCUGGCGCCGGUAAUAAUUGGGCCAAGGGUCACUAUACUGAAGGUGCUGAACUAGUAGAUUCGGUAUUGGACGUCGUGCGAAAAGAGGCCGAAGAUUGUGAUUGCCUACAAGGCUUUCAGUUGGCCCAUUCGCUAGGCGGUGGAACUGGAUCUGGCAUGGGCACAUUGCUCAUAUCAAAAAUUCGUGAGGAAUAUCCAGAUCGCAUUAUGUCUUCAUUUUCAGUGAUACCAUCACCAAAGGUAUCAGACACCGUUGUUGAACCAUACAAUGCCACCUUGUCGGUUCAUCAGCUCGUCGAAAACACCGAUCAGACUUUUUGCAUUGAUAAUGAAGCACUUUACGACAUUUGCUUCCGUACGCUGAAACUUUCGAGCCCAACAUAUGGUGACUUGAAUCAUCUUGUGUCGAUAACGAUGAGUGGGGUGACAACUUGCCUUCGUUUUCCGGGUCAAUUAAAUGCUGAUUUACGUAAAUUGGCUGUAAAUAUGGUGCCUUUCCCCAGAUUGCAUUUCUUUAUGCCGGGUUUUGCUCCGCUUACUGCCAAAGGAUCUCAGCAAUACCGUGCACUAACUGUGCAUGAACUCACACAACAAAUGUUCGAUGCAAAAAAUAUGAUGACGGCAUGUGAUCCAAGACACGGCCGCUAUUUAACUGUUGCCCUUAUAUACCGAGGUAAAAUGUCGAUGAGAGAAGUGGAUACACAAGUUUUACAAAUGCAAAGCAAAAAUAGCAGCUACUUCGUUGAGUGGAUACCGAAUAACGUCAAAGUGGCCGUUUGCGAUAUACCACCCAGAGGUUUAACAAUGUCAUCCACAUUCAUUGGCAAUUCAACAGCCAUUCAGGAAAUAUUCAAACGAAUCUCCGAACAAUUCACCGUUAUGUUCCGACGCAAAGCGUUCUUGCAUUGGUACACUGGUGAGGGUAUGGAUGAAAUGGAGUUCACAGAAGCCGAAUCGAAUAUGAACGACCUGAUAUCGGAAUAUCAACAGUAUCAAGAAGCAACAGCGGACGAAGACGUCGAAUUGGAUGAAGACGGAGAGCAAAGUUUGAAUGAAAACGGUGGUGGAGUCAAUGCUGUGUACACAGAAGACCCUUAGGGAAUUUUUAUUUUGUAAAACAACAACAAAUUCAUUUACGACAACCAUCCGUAGCUAUUGAACCAAUACUAUAUUCUUAAUAUUUAUUUAUUGAGUUUGUUUCUAGUAAAAAAAAGGAGGAAAAUAUGCUCUAAUAUUAGCUCUGAAUCAUCUGGCCAUAUUACCGAUAACAAAAACAAAUUCAAAUACGUUCAUCGUUACAGAAACAAAGCCAUUGAAAUAAAUGUUUGAUAGAAUUCCCAAAAUAAAGAAGAAAAUGAACUUUA